AUGGGAAUGGGAACUAGCACCUUUGUUACUAGAUGGAUCAACUUCCUCACCAUGCUUUUGGCCAUUUUUGUGAUAAUUUUUGGAGUGUGGAUGAGCACUCAUCAUGAUGGCUGCAGAAAGUCUCUGACUUUGCCUGUGAUAGGCCUAGGAGCAGUUAUUUUCUUAAUAUCUGUAGUUGGCUUUUUGGGUGCCCUGAAAAACAUCUCCAUACUAUUAUGGGUUUAUCUGAUCUCGCUGUUCUUUGUCUUGGUGGGAAUCCUGGUCUUCACAGUAUUGGUGUUCAUCAUCACCAACAAUGGAUCAGGUCAUACUGUGACUGGCUUGAGGUAUAAGGAGUAUCAGCUUCAGGAUUUUAGUUCUUGGUUUCUCAAGGAGUUAAACAAUUCUCAUAAUUGGGAGAGGUUGAAGGUUUGUCUUGUUAAAUCUGAAGACUGCAAUAACCUAUCCAAAAAAUAUAAGACUCUUAAACAAUAUAAAUCAGCUAAAUUGACGCCAAUUGAAGCUGGCUGCUGCCGACCACCUUCUCAGUGUGGAUAUCCUGCUGUAAAUGCAUCCUACUAUGACUUGACCUUUCAUCCAGUUAGCCCCAAGAAUGACUGCAAGCGCUACAAAAAUUCUCGAGCCAUCAAAUGCUAUGAUUGUGACUCCUGCAAGGCUGGUGUGGCGCAAUACAUGAAAACCGAGUGGAGAGUUGUUGCUAUAUUUAAUGUUGUUUUAUUUGUUGUCUUGUCAAUUAUAUACUUUGUGGGAUGCUGUGCGAGACGAAAUGCUGCCAGAAGGCAUUCUAAAGCUUGA